AUGAAUGGUGGACACCACAAAUACGAGCGUAACAACCUUGAGCAUGAAGGGAUGUGCAAGCUCGAAGAGAGUGAGAGGAGAAUGGGCAAGAAGGAAGCAGACAAAGAGGCAGAGGCGGUGGAGGGUCACGAGAACGGUGGACAGGACCACGAGGGCAUGCAAGCAAGACAAUGGCAAUGGCGGUGCAAGCGCGUGCACCCACCGUCCUCGUGCAGGCCCUCAGCCAGAGCCUGUUCUCUGGAGGACAGCGAACAAGCACCAGCGGCGGGGCAGAAUGGGGAUGAGCACGACACACGACACAACGCAAGGCAACGGAGACACCAACUCAUCGAGGGUGACCACAAACGAUGGCUAGGUGAUGACGAGGAUGAGGAUGCGAGAUGGCAACCUCGACCUCAACCAUGGACACCUACCUACCCCGGCUGUCUACCCGACCGCACACGUCGACACCAUCUGCCCCACCCGGAACCCCAGCUCUUGCCACCCCUAUACCCACCCCCAGUCAAAGGACACCAGCGACAAGGCAGACAAGAGAUCAGCAAGGAUGGGCCGAAUACGAGCACAACAGCACGCCAACAAGGAGACGAUGACUGCGAGGAUGACCGUGAUGGGUUUACUCGGGCAAAGAAGACAGCCCAGCAAAGUCCGCAGGACAGUGACAGCUGCGAGAACAGCAAGAGGAGCAGCAGCACGACCGUGACCGGCACCAUGACGAAGGCGAGAGGCCGCGAGGACGGAGAACAGCAAGCUCGAGAGAGGGCAUUCCCCCUCAGGGCGAUCAUCUGCAUUCGUCGAGUCAACAAGAAACAAAAUUUCAAUCUCUCUCGCAUUCACCACGUCGCCAUGAAAUACUUUUCAACAAGAGGAGGAGACCAAAGACUGUCAUUCGAAGAGACUGUCCUCACUGGUCUCGCCCCUAAUGGCGGUCUCUAUAUUCCAGAACGUAUUCCGUCGCUGCCCGAGGGCUGGAGAACGAAGUGGAGGGACUACUCCUUCGCUGAGCUCUCCGUUGCAGUGUUGUCCCUCUUCAUCUCGCCGAACGAGAUCUCGACAGAGGAGCUCAGGUCAUUGGUUGAAAAGUCAUAUGCGACUUUCAGACAUCCGGAUGUUACACCGACCAAAAAGCUGAACAACAAGUUGUUUGUUCUGGAGCUAUUCCAUGGGCCAACAUUUGCGUUCAAGGAUGUAGCGCUACAACUACUCGGGAACUUGUUCGAGUUCUUUUUGCUCAGACGGAAUGCCAGGAAGGCAGUCGGGGAGAAGCAGGAGAAAUUGACCGUUGUUGGCGCAACGAGUGGUGAUACGGGCAGUGCCGCUAUCUAUGGUCUCCGAAAUAAAGCCAACAUCUCCAUCUUCAUUCUCCACCCCAAAGGACGGGUUUCACCUAUCCAAGAAGCUCAGAUGACCACCGUCACAGACGCCAAUGUGCACAAUGUUGCCGUUAAAGGGACAUUCGACGACUGCCAGGAUAUAGUCAAAGCCCUCUUCGCUGACAAGGAAUUUAAUGCAAAGCACCGCCUAGGCGCCGUCAACUCCAUCAACUGGGCACGUAUCCUCGCACAGACUGUAUACUACUUUCUCUCGUUCUUCCACUUCCAAUCCCAACUCCCAGCUAGCACGUCCCCCGACGACGUCGAGAUCCAGUACGUCGUGCCAACAGGAAACUUCGGCGACAUCCUUGCCGGAUACUACGCCAAGAAACUGGGGUUGCCCAUAGGAAAGUUGGUUGUUUCCACAAACUCGAACGACAUCCUCGCCCGGUUCUGGAAGAGUGGAAAAUACGAGAAGGCUGAUUCGUCGGUGCCUGUAGCUGAGGGCGCCGCUGCAUCGGCUCAAGGAUCAUCGGACGGCAAACAGGCGACCGAUUCGAGUGGGGUGAAGGAGACGCUGAGCCCGGCAAUGGAUAUCUUGGUCUCGAGUAACUUCGAGCGGCUGCUGUGGUAUCUUGCGUAUGAGAACGCUCCUGGCGCGACGGGCGCAGAGAAACAUGAGGCUGCGUGCAGCACGUUGGACAGUUGGAUGGGCCAUAUGAAGGCGAAUGGUCGUGUUGAGGUUCCUGUGGAAGUUUUGGAGACGGCCAGAAAAGACUUCGUCGCUGAGAGGGUAUCAGAUGAGCUGACCCUAGAAACUAUUAAAUCGUACUUCGAGGGAGAGCCGUCGUACGUCGCAGACCCUCACACGGCGGUCGGACUUGCUGCAGCUCGUAUAACUGCGCUGUCGAACGCGCCUAACGUACAUCAAAUCGUGCUCUCGACAGCCCAUCCCGCCAAAUUUUCAGAAGCCGUCUCGUGUGCACUUCAAGGAUUGCCUAGUUUCGACUUCGACCGCGAUGUGCUUCCUGAAGAAUUCCAGGGCUUGCUCGAGAAAGAAAAGCGAGUGAUAGAUGUGGAAAAGGCCGAUAUUACCCUAGUUAAAAAUGUUAUAGAGAGCGUUGUACCGAAGGAGGUUGGAGGUGGUGCUGGCGCUAGCACUGGUGGCGUGUAG